GUGUCCCGCCCCAGCCGGGCCGCGUCUGCCGUCGGUCGGUGCGUGCGUGCGCUUCGUCGGUCCGCGUGUGUCUCUGGCGGAGAGCCCCUCUCCUCUGCGGCCAUGACUCCGCCGCCACCCCAGCCGCCGCCCCCAGGCCCGAACCCCACUGCAGACUCCGCUGCCGACCCCCGUCCCGGGCCUGGACCCCUGGUCGUACUGUUCGGGGCCACGGCCGGUGCGCUGGGGCCGGACCUGGGUUCCGACGAGACCGACUUAAUCCUCCUAGUCUGGCAAGUGGUGGAGCCGCGGAGCCGCCAGGUGGGGACAUUGCAUAAGUCACUGGUUCGCGCCGAGGCGGCCGCGCUGAGCCCGCAGUGCCGCGAGGCGAGCGGCCUGAGCUCCGACAGCCUGGCGCGGGCCGAGCCGCUGGACAAAGUGCUGCAGCAGUUCUCACAGCUGGUGAGCGGGGAUGUGGCUCUGCUGGGCGGGGGCCCCUACAUGCUCUGCACUGAUGGGCAGCAACUGCUGCGACAGGUCCUGCACCCUGAGGCCUCCAGGAAGAACCUGGUGCUCCCCGACACCUUCUUCUCCUUCUACGACCUCCGCAGAGAGUUCCACGUGCAGCACCCGAGCGCCCGCUCUGCCAGGGACCUCACUGUGGCCACCAUGGCACAGGACUUGGGGCUGGAGACAGAUGCCACAGAGGAUGAUUUUGGGGUGUGGGAAGUGAAGACAAUGGUAGCCAUCAUCCUCCACCUGCUUGAAAGUCCCAGUGGUCAACUGUUUUUGAAGCCUGAAGUGGUGAAGCAGAAAUAUGAGACAGGGCCUUGCAGCAAGGCUGACGUGGUGGAUAGCGAGACUGUGGUUCGGGCUCGUGGGCUGCCCUGGCAGUCAUCAGACCAGGACGUGGCUCGAUUCUUCAAAGGGCUCAAUAUUGCCAGGGGUGGUGUAGCACUGUGCCUCAAUGCCCAGGGCCGAAGAAAUGGUGAGGCUCUCAUCCGCUUUGUGGACAGCGAACAGCGGGACCUAGCACUGCAGAGACACAAGCACCACAUGGGCAUCCGCUAUAUCGAGGUGUAUAAGGCAACAGGAGAGGAGUUUGUGAAGAUCGCAGGGGGCACAUCGCUAGAGGUGGCCCGUUUCCUGUCACGGGAAGACCAAGUGAUCCUGCGGCUGCGGGGACUGCCCUUCUCGGCUGGGCCAGCAGACGUGCUAGGCUUUCUGGGGCCAGAGUGCCCCGUGACGGGGGGCGCUGAUGGGCUGCUCUUUGUGCGCCACCCUGAUGGCCGGCCCACGGGCGAUGCCUUUGCCCUCUUUGCCUGUGAGGAGCUGGCACAGGCUGCAUUACGCAGGCAUAAGGGCAUGCUGGGUAAGCGAUACAUUGAACUCUUCCGGAGCACUGCAGCUGAGGUGCAGCAGGUCCUGAACCGCUACGCCUCCAGCCCACUCCUUCCCACCCUGACUGCUCCACUGCUGCCCAUCCCCUUCCCACUGGCAGCUGGGACCGGGAGAGACUGUGUCCGCCUGCGAGGCCUGCCCUACACAGCCUCCAUCGAAGACAUCCUCAGCUUUCUGGGCGAGGCGGCGGCUGACAUUCGGCCUCACGGUGUGCAUAUGGUGCUCAACCAGCAGGGCCGGCCGUCCGGGGAUGCCUUCAUCCAGAUGACAUCAGCAGAGCGGGCCCUAGCUGCUGCUCAGCGCUGCCAUAAGAAAGCAAUGAAGGAACGCUAUGUGGAGGUGGUCCCCUGCUCCACAGAGGAGAUGAGCCGUGUGCUGAUGGGGGGCACCUUGGGCCGCAGUGGCAUGUCCCCUCCGCCCUGCAAGCUGCCCUGCCUCUCACCACCCGCCUACGCCACCUUCCAGGCCACCCCGACCCUCAUUCCCACUGAGACAGCAGCUCUGUAUCCCUCUUCAGCACUGCUCCCAGCUGCCAGGGUGCCUGCUGCUCCCACCCCAGUUGCCUACUACCCAGGGCCAGCCACUCAACUCUACAUGAACUACACAGCGUACUACCCCAGCCCUCCAGUUUCCCCCACCACUGUGGGCUACCUCACCACACCCACUGCAGCCCUGGCCUCUGCUCCCACCUCCGUAUUGUCCCAGCCAGGAGCCCUGGUCCGUAUGCAGGGAGUCCCAUACACAGCUGGUAUGAAGGAUCUGCUCAGCGUCUUCCAGGCCUACCAGCUAGCCCCUGAUGACUACACCAGCCUGAUGCCUGUUGGUGACCCAGCACGCACUGUGCUACAGGCCCCCAAAGAAUGGGUGUGUUUGUAGGUGAGGGAGCCAGGAGGUAAGAGCUGACUGAUGUCCUCAGCUAAUAGGACUCUCCUGACUCCAGAGCCAGCGCCCUCAACCUGGUGGCUUCUUUCUGGCUUUUCAAAAUUCUCAGAAGGCCCCCAGAGAAGAUCAAGCCCCAGCUCCCCCUACUUAUCACUCUGCCUGUCCACAUCAGAGAUGACGGCUGGACCCUGAAUGCAGGGCUGGGAGUGAAAUGGCGCUACCCUGUUCCCAGUGGUCGGAUCUGGGCUCCUUAAGUAGCACCCAGAGAGCCUUUGUUCUGUUCUGGCUGUGGCCCGUGCCUACAGGUUCUGGGGGGCUGAUGUCUACAGCAGGCUUGGUUUCUUUUUAAAAAAUGUAAGCCCUGGUGCUUUCAGUGUAUGACUCCAGGGAGCUUCUUUCUGAGUAAAGAUACCAGUGUCCUACCUUCCCCUGUCCCUCCUGACGGGGCGCAGGGCAGCAGAGUGCUGGUCCCACUCCCCAGGAUACUUGGACCUCAGUGACCACAUGGUGCCAGGGGUGGUCUCACCUAAGGAUGCUGGCCCCCCUGGAGCUUGGCACAAGGAAUAGCAGAUGGCAAAAACCACAAACUGUUUCAAUGGACUGUACUGCAGUAUCCCCAGAAGACACUAGGGGGCGGGAGGCCCCCACAGAUAAACUCAGGCUUGACUUGUAAAGGGACUUCUGCCUACUUUUCAUGCACACCUUGGGCAGGUCAGUUUUCCUGAACUCAGCAGACACCUUGGGAUGUCCUUUGCACCCACUGCAGGGUGCCCAACUGAAG